AUGUAUGCUAUUUGGUACAAAAUUUCCGACCUCCAGGUCACAAGGUGGGUUGUUUAUACAGGUAUUUCAUCAAUUUUAUGUAUUAUGGGUGGGUUUAUGGUGCCAAUAGUAUCUCAUUUCGUGCCUAGUUCGCUGGAUAUUAACACAAAAUUACUUAACUACGGUUUAUCAACUAGUGCAGGGGCAAUGCUGUGUAGCAGCAUAUAUAUUAUGUUACCUAGAAAUGAAGAAAACCAGAUUGUAGUUUUUGUUGCGUUUUCUACGGGUGUUGUGAUGAGCUUUGUCGUUAAUUAUAUAGUACAUCGAUAUACGAGUGAAAGUGUAAUUCAUUGCGGCCACGAGGGGAAGGUGACUAUGAGACGGGAGAGGUACGGCAGUGGUAGUACGGUGGGGCUGGUAAGUAUGGCAGAGGCGGAGACAGUGGACGAUGAGGGAGAGAGGCAGCGGUUGUUGCCGUAUGUUUCGCGUGAUAAGCUCUGUACGAGUGUAGCGUGCAUACCUUUGGUAAAGUCAGCUUCUAUGGGGUCGCUACCGUCGGGCACUGGAUGUAAUGGGAGCAAGCGGGUGCCAGUGGUGUGCCUUGAAAACAACAUUGGAUACGAUCUCGAGAAUCUCGCGACUUACAGGGGACAUUUUAUGUCAGGGACAUUACCAUUUCAGAACUCCAGCAUGGAUGAGAGUUUUAGCCAGGCAAGUAACGAAAUUGCGAUCACGCAAUCUCGUGACGGUAGCGAGCAUAAGCAUGUCAUAGCGACGCCGUUUUCGAAGCUAUUGUCGAUAGGUAUACAAACGUGCGUGGUGCUCAUGCUUCACAAGUUUCCUGAGGGAUUGAUUAUAUUUCUAACAAGCCGAAACGAAAAUGACAAUCGUCAAAUGGGAUUUUCUGUAUUUUUAAGUUUAGCAAUCCACAAUUUCAUCGAGGGAUUCACCAUGACUCUUCCCUUGUAUUCCGUAUUUUCGACCAAGUGGCUCUCGUUGGCAGUUACGGCCGUUAUAGCCGCUGGGUCGCAGCCAGCAGGGGCCGUAGUUGGUUACUUUUUGUUCCACAACCGAGAGGCUGUUGAUGGGAAACAUGCGAUGACAGUUCUAUUAAGUGUAACAUCUGGAUUUCUUUUCAUCGUUGCAUUACAGAUGUUUCAAACUGCAGUCGCAUUUAGCGACACGCACCAUCACCAUGAAUACGAGGAUAACCAAAAAAUUCACAGCGAUCACAGUUCGGGCACCGAGUGCCUUAAAUGGUGCUGUUUUGGAGUUUUAGUUGUGUUGGCCAGCAGUAUGCUUUAG